AUGGCCCGAUCGAUCACACCCCUUCUAGCCGACAACGUCGACAAACAUGAGGUAGCCGCGAUUUACGUCCGGGACGCUCUGGCAGGGAGAGACAGCUCGGCGUGCAUCCACAACGAACGGUCCAUACGCGCGUUGAAGUGUUUCCGGAACGAUGCCUGGAAUAGCCUGUUGAACGUCUGCACGUUGGUCCACCUCACCCUGCCCAUGGUGGAGAUACAGAGGUGCCUGUCCUGCGUGGGCCCGCACAAGCGGUCGGCUUCCUUGGAAGACAACACCCUCUUCCUAGGAAUUCGCCCAGAAAUGUAG